UGAUGCAAAACAGUGAGGCAGCUGCAGGAGGGCCACAGCCUGGACAGAGGAUGAUCUUUACAGGCCCAGAUGGAAUUGGAGACUACCGGCCGAGAUCGAAUUAUUUCCCCCGGUACAUUGGUGUGGGCGCCUCCUCAGCAGAGGCCACAGGUGACCUCAGGUACCUGUGCCGAGGUGCCACACAUGCCCCCCCUCCCAUGCCCAGGCAGGGCUAUGUGGGGGAGGUGGGCUGGGGCCUGCAGUACAACCAGCUGCUGAACAGUGGGACGCUGCUCAGCAACAUGCAAAUUAAGAAAACUGAGUUACGGACAGCGUUGGAGGACAGAUUGUCUCACCGGUUCCAGAGCAGUCAGAAAAACAUGAUGGAUUACUCACUGCGAGUCAACACACAGUUUCAUUAAGAGAUUCAGACCUAACCGCAGCUGGCUUCUACGACCCAGGAGGACCUGGC